ACGCAAGCAGAUGCGACGCCAUUUGCUGCCGGCCGUGCGUGUGUAAAGCAGAUCUUGGAAGAGCUCGGUCUCGGGACUCUCCCGCGCACGCGACCGGCCUCUCGCGCCCGCUUGGUACCGCGGGGCUCCACGCGUUACCCCUCGCCCCCCUUGGAGGAAUCGCCGCCGCCGCCCGAGUAAGAGUCGGAGUCGCCGCGAGGCCUCUGCUCCCGCCAUGCCCAAGAAUAAAGGCACCAUCAAUUCCUGGCUAAAAACUUGCACCAUCCACACCAAAUCAAGAUCCAGAGAUGGGCUACACAUUGCCAUUGGUUGAUAUGUCAUUUAAGUCUCUUAAUGGGUAAAGGAGGUAAAAAUAGACGUAGGGGUAAGAACGAAAAUGAAUCCGAAAAAAGAGAAUUGGUGUUCAAAGAAGAUGGGCAAGAAUAUGCUCAGGUAAUCAAAAUGUUGGGAAAUGGGCGCUUAGAAGCAAUGUGUUUUGAUGGUGUAAAGAGAUUGUGUCACAUCAGGGGGAAAUUGAGGAAAAAGGUUUGGAUAAAUACCUCAGACAUAAUAUUAGUUGGUCUACGAGAUUACCAGGAUAAUAAAGCUGAUGUAAUUUUAAAAUACAAUGCUGAUGAAGCGAGAAGUCUGAAGGCAUAUGGCGAGCUUCCAGAGCAUGCUAAAAUCAAUGAAACUGAUACAUUUGGUCCUGGAGAUGACGAUGAAAUCCAGUUUGAUGACAUUGGUGACGAUGACGAAGACAUUGAUGAUAUCUAACUUGACCUCAACAUUCUGCAUUCCAACUUCUCUGAGGAUUGUUCAACAAUUUGGAUUUCGGCUGAGGCCUAUAAAAGAAGAUGAAAAUCCCUUUAAUUUGAAUGCAGUUGGGUUAAAGCAUACUGAUUUGUUUCUAAGGUGUUUCUUUAAAAACCGGUAGUGUUGAAUUAAGUGAAAUAUUAAGCUCACUUUGUUCUUCGGGUGUAAUGGAGUUUAUGGGUAAAAGAGAGAGCACAUCUAUUUUUGAAAAGAGGAAAAAAACCUUUCCUAUUUUGACCACUUCCAGUAAAUAAAUGGAUGCUUUAAAUAAACCAUUUGCCCUGUACUUAUCACUUAUAAGUAAGCCCUAGUUUUUAUUAGCCUGUUGACUGUACAGUGUAUUUCUAUAUAUUCCAGUUACCUACAUGUAUCCUUGAGGUUUUGAACAAAAUUAAGGGAUGCAGAAAUCUGCAUUUGAAAUCAGAAAUAAUAGAACCUGGGUUUUAAUAGCAAUUUUGAAUUUGUAAGGUUAGUAGUUGCAGAAAUUGAACACUAGGUGGCACCCAGUUAUCUUAACAUUGGAAAUACUGAUUUGGUUGUAAAUUUUUUUUUAAACUCACUGUACAUACAAAAUACCCCAACCAAGAUUUUUUUGAUCAUAUGCAUGUAUGUUGAAUGUUUUUACAGAACUAAAAGAUUAUUGUCGUUUUAUUUCAGAAGUUAUAUGUGUAAGCUACAAUUUUAAAUGACUUAUACACAUGCCUUAUGUAUAAAUGAAAAUUUCAUAACAACUUGUACAAAUUAAGCCCUUUUCAAAUGAUCCCUAAGCUGGGAAAAGAGGCAGGAAUAACAACUUAAUGAAAAGAUAGUCUCCCAUUUCUGAAUGGAAGAGCUUCCAUGGAGAAUAUAAUAAAGACAAUGUCAUGCUGCACAGUGUAUUAUAUAUAUACUUUGUGUUUAGGGUAUAUUUUAUUGUGUGUACAGAAUUUUUUUUUUUUUUGGUAUGUUAUUAGGAAUUUAGAGUCAUCCUUUCUCAUUCAUUUUUUCAUGGCAACUCUAGUAAAGUGAAAUUAAAGGCGAGAUCCACCAUGUAGCAUGUGAUGCUUUUAUUCUGCUGGUCUCCAGAGAACUUUGCUGUGAUGAAAAGUAAUGUAAAGGGGAAUAAACCUUCACAUGGCCUGCAAAAAAAAAAAACAAAUCUCUCAUAAGUGUGCAAACUCUGGAAUCAAAAUCUGUGGAUCUAUAAAACAUUGUUUAAGAAUAGAAAUUUUGAAUGGACAUUUGUAGUUCGUGUUUCUUAUUUGGCGUUCUUGAACACUUACCUAGUUAGACGGCAUCUGAGCUCAUGGGCAAGUUUUUAAUAUUUAAAAGAAACCAGCCUCUAAGAAUUAUCAAUAGUGAUUGUCUUUCUCAGUAAUCUAAACCUCCUAAAAUAUUUAGGCUUUUAUACAUAAAGGUGUUUUGCUAAAUUUGUGGUAUAUGGGAGGUGGGCAAAAGUAGGUUUACAGUUGUUCAUAGGGGAAAUAAUACAAUAAAUAAAUAAUACAAGAACACACUUUCAUGUACCUGCAACUGUAAAGUACUUUGCCCACCCCUGUAUAAAUCCUUCCACGUUAUUUUACCAAGAAUGUUUUAACUCUGUGUCUGUGAUACAGUUCAUAGUAGGGAUGGUGUAUCUCAAACAUCUUAAGUUUUUCUACUUACCUCCUCAAAUAAAUAUGGUUUAUUUAAAGAUUCUUUAAAAAUUACAACGAUGGCCCAAAUGCAUUUGCUAGUGAUUUUUUCUUUCUUGCCUUGGGAAGUAACAACUCAGUGUAGUGUUGCAUCCUUGAAAAUCUGAAAUCAUAAUACCCAUAAUUGAAAUAGUUGGGCUGAAAUUGUAGCUUAUAUCAACACUACUCAGAAUUAUUUUAGUAACUUAACUUUUCAUGUGGAAAUGAAUCGUUUCAUCGAUAUAUUUCAAAUGAGCAGUGGAAGUGGUCCUUAAGAAAAGGUUUUUUGUUGUUGUUUGGUUAUACUCUGAUUUGUAAAAUACAAUGCUAUAAAUUGUGCUCUGAAAGAAAAUAAAAUGUUUGAAAUCCAGA